CCCGACUCCUCACUUGAGUGGUGCAAAAGCAUUUUGCUUCUGGGAUUAGUAUGUUCAAGCGCAUCGUCCAGUCCCCGGCGCUGAAGAAGGCCGCCGCCGCCGCCGGAACUGCCGCCAUCGGAGGCUCUGUCUUCACAGGUGUUGCCGCCUGCAGUGACGACAGCAUUCCCGCGUUGCACUAUGGCUUCGAGCAUAACGGCCCAUUGACUUCGUUCGACUACGCCGCGGUUCGUCGUGGGUACCAAGUGUACAAGGAAGUAUGUGCUACUUGCCACUCGAUCGACAAGAUCCACUUCCGUCACUUGGUCGGUGUGACCCACACCGAAGAUGAAGCCAAGGCUCUUGCCGCAGACGUCGAUGUCGUCGACGGCCCCAACGACGAAGGCGAGAUGUUCGAACGCCCCGGGAAGUUGAGCGACCCCUUGCCUAAGCCGUAUGCUAACGACGAAGCCGCCGCUGCCGCCAACAACGGUGCGAUCCCACCUGAUCUUUCGUUGAUCGUGAAGGCUCGUCACGCCGGUGCCGACUAUUUGUUCGCGCUCUUGACUGGCUACGUGGAUGCCCCCGAGGGCAAGGAGCUCGGCAACGGGUUGUACUACAACCCGUACUUCGGUGGCGGAGCUAUUGCGAUGGAAAAGCAAUUGGAAGAUGGCAAGGUCACGUAUGAAGACGGCACCCCUGCCACUGCCUCCCAAAUGGCCAAGGACGUGUCGAUCUUCCUUGCCUGGGCCGCCGAACCCGAGCACGACGAACGCAAGAAGAUGGGUAUGCAAUGGUGCCUUGGCCUCUUUGCCGCCGCCCUCUUGACCGGGUACUACAAACGCUUGCGCUGGGCACCCUUGAAGACUCGUAAAAUUUCGUAUUUCAAAUAAACAUCGAGAUUUGCCACACACAAUAGAUAAGGACAAUCAACCAACUUGGUGUUUGAGCGUA